CCAUUCCCACAGCCCCAGCCUUGACAACACGUCAAGAAAUGACACCAUCACCAUUCACAUCAAACACUUUGGUACUGUUUUGCUUUGAUAUGGAAUGGAAUCAUCAUAAAAUGAUAAAAUUGAGAACAACUACUUCUCACUAGGCCAGCCUUGCCUUGGCUUAUUUUUUUUGGACUCUUAUUUUUUAAGAAGCCAAUUAGCCCAAUCUCUUCCUAGAGAUUAAGAGACCUUGUGGUCCAAGAGUUGAUUGGGCUGGACCCAUGUCUGCAAAUUCUAGUAUCCUUCUUCUUAAUCUUGGGUACCUCUCUGACUCUCUUUCUGGCAAAGACAAAAAGAAACAAAAGAAAGAAAGCAGUAGUUUAUGCUUUAUAUAGAGAGAGUAUGAGUAUGAGUAUGAGUAUGAGAAAGCAUUGGCAAUUUACAUACCAGCACUACCACCUAACAUUAAGACAUUGUUCUCACAAGCAUCAUGCUUUCCACUUCCACUCUUCCACCACCUUAUCACCACCACCUCAUCUUCUGCAACCUCUUCCACGCCGAGCCAAAAGCCACCAAUUUGCCCACUUUUUGCAAUUGCCAAUACCCCCAUCACACUCACACAACCCCAUUUUGUAUUACCAGACACUUCACGCUCAACUUGUCGUCUCUGGCUUACAUAACCAAGUCUUUCUUGCCAACAUUCUCCUCCACUCCUACUCUAAAUGUAGUCGUCUACGUGAUGCACGCUUGUUGUUCGAUGUAAUGUCUCAAAGGAAUUUGAUUUCUUGGUCUUCAUUGGUAUCUAUGUACACCCGACAUGGUUUUAAUCAACAGGCCUUCAUUGUGUUUACCGAAUUUCUCACUAGUUGUGAUCAGAAUCCCAAUGAGUAUAUUUUAGCUAGCGUUUUUCGGGCUUGUUCGCAAUUGGGUGGAGUUUAUGAAGGUGCCCAGCUGCAUGGUUUUGUUGUUAAGACUGGUUUUGAACAAGAUGUCUAUGUGGGUACCUCUUUGAUUGAUUUUUAUGCAAAGAAUGGUGAUUUGGAUGAAGCAAGAUUGGUUUUUGAUGUUUUGGCAGAGAAGACUGCGGUUACUUGGACUACAAUCAUAACGGGGUACACGAAAAGUGGAAGAGGUGAAGUAUCUUUGCAGUUGUUUGAUCAAAUGAGAGAAACUGAUCUUGUUCCUGAUAAAUAUGUGCUCUCAAGUGUUUUGAGUGCGUGUUCAAUGCUUGAGUUUCUUGAUGGAGGGAAGCAAAUUCAUGCUUAUGUGUUGAGGAGGGGAGCCGAGAUGGAUGUUUCGGUAACUAAUGUGCUUAUAGAUUUCUAUGCAAAGUGUGGCUUAGUGUAUACAGCACGAAAUUUAUUUGAUCAGAUGGUGGUCAAGAAUAUGAUAGCCUGGACCACAAUGAUUGCAGGGUACAUGAAAAAUUCAUUCAAUUUGGAGGCCAUGAAGCUGUUUGCUGAAAUGGCCGGAUUGGGUUGGAAGCCUGAUGGAUUUGCUUGUACUAGUGUUCUCACUUCGUGUGGUUCACUUGAGGCUUUAGAACAUGGGAGACAAGUGCAUGGUUACACUAUUAAGGCAAACCUUGAGUAUGAUAAUUUUGUGAAAAAUGGUUUGAUUGAUAUGUAUGCAAAAUGCAAUUCAUUGACUGAUGCAAGAAGAGUUUUUGAAGGUAUGGCUGAUCAUAACGUGGUAUCUUACAAUGCUAUGAUAGAAGGAUACUCAAGCGAAGAGAAGUUGCAUGAAGCAUUGGAUCUUUUCCGCGAGAUGAGGCUUAGAUUGUUACCACCAAGCCUCUUGACGUUUGUAAGCCUUCUUGGUGCAUCGGCUGCACUAUUGACGUUAGAACUGAGUAGGCAAAUUCACAGCCUGAUCAUCAAGUAUGGGGUCUCCCUGGAUGUAUUUGCUGGAAGUGCUCUGAUAGAUGUUUAUUCCAAGUGUUCUUGUGUAAGGGAUGCUAGGCUUGUAUUUAAUGAGAUAAAUGAAAAAGAUAUUGUAGUAUGGAAUGCAAUGUUUUUUGGAUAUACUCAACAGUUGGAAAAUGAAGAGGCUCUCAAACUCUACUCAGAAUUACAGUUGACAAGGAAAACACCUAAUGAAUUCACUUUUGCUGCAUUGAUCACUGCAGCCAGUAACCUAGCAAGUCUCCAGCAUGGUCAACAGUUACAUAACCAAGUCAUAAAGUUGGGAGCAGACUCUGACCCUUUUGUCACAAAUUCCCUCGUGGAUAUGUAUGCUAAGUGUGGAUGUAUAAAAGAGGCCCACAAAACAUUUACUUCCACAUUUUGGAGAGACAUUGUGUGUUGGAAUUCCAUGAUCUCAACAUAUGCACAGCAUGGGGAAGCAGAAGAUGCUCUUCAGAUGUUUAAAGGGAUGAUAGAUGAGGGAGUAAAACCCAAUUAUGUCACAUUUGUGGGUGUGCUCUCAGCGUGUAGCCAUGCGGGGCUUGUAGAAGAUGGGCUUCAUCACUUUGAAUCAAUGGCGCAUUUUGGAAUUGAACCGGGAACAGAUCAUUAUACUUGCAUAGUUUCUCUCUUGGGUCGAGCAGGUAGACUUACUGAGGCAAGGGAAUUUAUUGAUAAAAUGCCAAUAAAACCAGCAGCAGUAGUAUGGAGGAGCUUGCUCAGUGCGUGUAGAGUUGCUGGUCAUGUUGAUAUUGGGAGAUAUGCAGCAGAGAUGGCAAUUUCAGUUGAUCCAACAGAUAGUGGAUCAUAUAUUUUACUUUCUAACAUUUUUGCAUCUAAAGGUAUGUGGGAAGAUGUCAAAAGGCUGAGGAAAAGAAUGGACUUUAAUGGGGUGGUAAAAGAACCCGGAAGCAGUUGGAUCGAACUGAAUAAAGACGUUCAUUCAUUUAUUGCAAGGGAUAGAGCUCACAGCAUGGCCAAUCUUAUUUAUUCAGUUUUGGACAAUUUAAUUCUGCAGAUCAAAGGGGUUGGUUAUGUGCCUGACACUUUUAUGCUUCUCAUGACUGAUUAAGAGGAAAGAUGGUGGUAAUUAACACCCUCAAAAGGCCAAGCUUUUGAUCUCCUGAGCUAUUGUAGGAUGUAGUUCUCCAUCAUGCAGCUUAUCAGAGUGAUCCUGAGCUUGAAGGGAUCAGCAUCCUGAAGAUGUUUGUAUUUUGGGCUUUUGUGGACUAUCCUAGUGGAAAGAGUAAUAACUUAUGCAAUAACAGUCUAGCUGAAUUGUGGCAUGGUAUUUACAACUUAAGAGGGAGACCAAAGGGAAUGUACAUGGCUACAUGCACAUUUAAAAUGGAUUUCUCUGUCCACAUGCAGUUUGUAAGAAAAGAAAGUUUAUACACUGAGAACUCUAAGCUACUUCAUGUCAACGUCACAAAAGCCCAACUUGGUCCUUUGUAAGCAGCUCCUUGCUUUUUAUGCUACCUUAAUGAGACAACGUUUCUGAAUCUUCUACAUUGCAAGAUUGGAUAUAAAGAAUUAACGACUAGAGGUGUUGGAUUUGCUUUAGAUCACAUAACAUGCAAUGAGAUCAUGACAGUGGUGUAAGGCCCUUUGGAGUAUUUCUGCUGGUUACUGGAUUUGAUGACUAUGGGCCACAAUUAUACCAGGUGGAUUCCUAUUUCUCAUGGAAGGCCUUGGCAAUGGGGAAGAAUGUUUCAAAUGUAAAAAUAUUCCUAGAGAAGAGGUUUUGCCAAUUCUUCUGUCACUUGAAUAUGAAGUUGACUAUGUUCCCCUUUCCAUUAUAGUACACCGUACGCAGAUGAUAUGGAGCUUGAUGAUGCUGUGCAUACAGCUAUUUUGAUGCUGAAGGAGGGGUAACUAAUUGUUAAGCUUCUUUCUUUUUGAAAUAAAUAUAUUUAAAAAGCUUUGGUGGGGAACGGCCAGAAUGAUAAAACUUUAGGUCAUUCUUGAUGUGUAUAUGCUUAUGGGGUGAUGCUUGUCAGAGAAGAUGUGGAUGAUGAUUGAGGCUGAGAAUCGCUGAGUAAUUUUUUGGAAUGGUCUAACAUCAUGAUGCAAUACGUUGGUCUAAGACAUUGGCUUCUUGGAGAAACCAAUUUGCAUUCCUGCCAGAAUGGGUAUUACAUGGAGCCAAUCCUGGAGAAAGGAGAUUUCCUUUUGUGGUUGUGAGUUGUCUCUUAAAUGGAAUGGUUGAAAUGCAACGGUUAGUUGCAUAGUUUAUAGAGAGGAAAUUGAGAUAGGAAUAAUCGAGCUCUGAGCUUAGGACUGGCUCGCUUGGGCUGGUUGAUUCAGCUGAGAAAGCCCAUGACUGGUGCUAGAGAAGUUCAAGCCAGGCCUCAAUUUGCUUUGGGCAAGAAUGGGCUAUGUUGAGCAUACCUUUCCAGAAUGACGAUGAAUCCUGCUUCUCUGUCAUUACCAAUUUAAGAAUGGCAACAUAAGCCUGUUUUCCUUGCUCUCCUAUCUAAUUAGCCUCCUUCCCUUCAAAAAUUAUCCUUUAUGUUUCCUCAACUUAUUAUUGAUACUGUCCUCAUAAUAUUCAGAUUUUUCAAUCA